AUGCCGUCUUCUUGCUCGUGCAUAUACAAGACCCAGCGGCGAACGUCUUCGACUCCGAAAGAGUUGUUGGAGUCGUGGUACGAUGCAGUCAAUGAACAUCAGACCUUGCUCCAAGUGUUCCAGCCUCUGCAGCUCUUUGCACUGUAUCAUCCGGGGUUCGACCACUAUUGGCAGGUAGAGCUCGACCAGCGCUUUCUUGGCCAGGCCGGGAAAUAUCUCGACGUAGUAUCGGCGUUUGCGUGGCACGAGCCGCGAAAGCAGGCCCCAGAACGAGCGACAUACCCGCUCAACGUCGACGAGUAUGGCACCUACGACAAAUUUCUGUCCCGAGUGGACAGGGCAAAUCGAGGACCCGAAGACGAUGCCUUUAGCUGGGGCGUCGGUGAAUACGCAGAUGUCAUCGUCAGCAGCUUUUGCGGCAACAUCUUGCAAUCGGAAUGGGUAUUCCGCGACUUCAUCCUCGGCUUCCGCUUCUGGCACAAUCAAGUCACCGCAAAUCCUCUUCGCUACGGCUGGCGCAAUGCUUUACCGAUGUUUUGGGCCAGCGAUCUCUUGAGGCGUGCAGUACAGAAGGGCGUGGAACUGGCUCGCUGGCCUGAAGCCAUCUGCACGCAAGACGUCAGAUGGGAGUAA